UAUUACUCCCUGUCACUCACGGCAGACAAAAACACCUUAUUUCCUUAGAAUCUUCAUUCUCAUUCGAUCUAAUUUCAUAGAUUGCCCCAUUAUUAUUACAUGAUUACACAGUCUCCUCCAUUUCGCAUUUGACAGCAACAAAAACACACACAAUGUCUAUCUUCCUCACUCUGACACUCUUGAGCAGCAUCUUCGGCACCACCAUUUCCACCAAUCUUCCACCUUCUUUUUCAUUCCCAUAUGGUUUGUCGUAUCACAUCGACUGUGGAAGUCCGACCAACACCACGGAUCCGUUCAACACCACGUGGCUGUCGGACCGCUACUUCAGUGGCGGCGCUACCGGGAUCGUGUCGGAGCCGCUUAACUUCCACCAUGCGCACGAGAAGACUCUCCGCUUCUUCCCAAUCUCCUCCGGCAAGAAGAACUGCUACGCCAUCCCUUCCCUCCCUCCCUCCCGCUACCUCCUCCGCACAUUCGUCGUCUACGACAACUACGACGGCAGGUCCCACCCUCCCUCCUUUGAUGUCGCCAUCGCCUCCACUGUCGUAUUCUCCUGGCGCUCACCCUGGCCCCCGUCCCUCGCCCGCGAUGGCGCCUACGCCGACCUCUUCGCUACAAUCCUCUCCUCAGAAGCCCUAAUUUGCUUCUACAGCCUCGCCACGGACCCGCCGGUGAUCUCCUCCAUCGAGCUCUUCGCAGCCGAUCUGGCCUCCUACGACGCCGCCGCAAUCGCCGACAACGGCACUGUGCUUGUCAACUACGGGAGACUCUCCUGCGGCUCCGACCAGUGGGGGCCGGGCUUCUCCAACGACUCCGACCUGUUCGGCCGCUCCUGGCAGUCCGAUUCGGUAUUCCGAACAGGCCAGAGUAAAAUCGUAGCCGUAUCGACGCGGAACAGCAUAAGUGGGGCUGAGGAAAAGCCGAAUUACUUCCCGGAGAAACUUUACCAGACGGCGGUGAUGACGGCGACGACAGCAGAGGAGGGAGGUGGGGUUUUGGAGUACGAGUUGAGAGUGGACGCAAAGCUUGAUUACUUGGUCUGGCUGCAUUUCGCUGAGAUUGAAGGGCGGGUGAGAAGGGUUGGGGGGAGGGUGUUUGAUGUGUACAUAAACGGUGAUAAUUUGACCAGGGUUGAUAUAUACAAGCAAGUUGGGGGUUUUGCGGCGUUUACUUGGCAUCACACGGUGAAAAACUUGAGUAGCAGCGUCUUGAGCGUGAAGCUAGUGGGUGUGGUGGGUGCGCCUCUGAUCUGUGGGAUUGAGAAUUACGCUCUGGUGCCUAGUGAUCCUUCAACUGUUCCUCAACAAGUGGUUGCCAUGAAAGCAUUGAAAGAUUCACUUCGGGUGCCUGAAAGAAUGGGUUGGAAUGGUGAUCCUUGUGCCCCUACUAAUUGGGAUGCUUGGGAGGGAGUUACCUGCCGUAUGAGUAAAGAUAAUACUGCUUUGGUGAUAAGUCAAAUUGAUUUGGGCAGUCAAGGCUUGAAAGGGUUCAUAAGUGGCCAGAUUAGUCUUUUGUCAGAUUUGGUAAGCCUGAAUUUGAGUUCUAAUUUGUUGACGGGUGAAAUACCUGCUGGACUAGGUCAAAAAUCCCUGAUACACCUGGACUUGUCAAACAAUCAGUUAACGGGCUCAAUACCUGAUAGUAUAGGAGCCUCUUCAAGUCUACAGCUCGUGCUAUUGAAUGGUAACUUAUUGGAAGGACAAGUACCAGAACAACUUUAUUCGAUUGGUGUGCAUGGUGGAGCUAUAGAUCUAUCUGGAAACAAAGGUUUGUGUGGUGUACCAUCUCUGCCAGCUUGUCCUUUGUUUUGGGAAAACGGAAAAUUAUCUACUCAGGCUAAAAUUGCAAUAGGCGUGUCCUGUUCUUUUGUUUUCUGUACGAUACUGCUGGUGGUCUAUAUUUUCAUCAGGAGGAGAAGGAAUGACUAUGACUUUGCUCUACCUCAUGAGUUAACAUCAUUAGCAGCCAAGAGAAAUCGAUAUCAGAGGCAGAAAUCCUUGAUGGUUCUUGAGAUGGAGAGUCAACACGCCAAGGGACAACCUUCACAUUUUACGACACAAUAACAUUUAUCUUAAUGGAAAUGGAAUCUUCAUUGUCAUAGCUUUCGGCCAAACAUACAAAGACACAGCUUCAGAAAGGGUUUGAAUGUGUUGCAGCAUUAUGCCUUGCCAUGAUGUGAACAACAUUGCGGCUUUAGGAAAGAAAUGGCUUUUCUCGUACAGCUUUUUGUCUCUUCAAGGUUUCUGGAAGCUACUUAUUGUACAAUGCAUGCUCCCUCUGUCACAUUGUUUCUUGACCCAUUAAAGAAAUAUAUACCCUGUAGUGUCAAUACGUAGCCCGCGGCUUUUGCUGAAUGUGAUAGGUACAACCCAUUAAUGUAUGAAAUUUGAGCCACAACUUAGUGUUGAUUUUUUCUUGGCACAUUGACUCUGGUUGAUUCUUGUAUACCGAUCAAUGCAGCAAAAGAUAAGUGAAUGAUUUUACUGUACAUUGCAUUUCAAAGAUUUUAUUUAGCUAAUACCCAUAACUAAAAUUUCUUC